AUGUUCGGCAUCCUCGAGGCAGUAUCUGUACCCCAUUCGGGUAUAUUCAACAGCUAUGAAGAGCUUUUCCAGGAGCUCAGCGAGCGGAUGGAAAAGGAGGGAUACAAGAUUGUCAAAGCUAGAUCCCAUCGAGGCAAAGUGGGUGGUGCAGACAUUCCAGGAAACGAUAUAGUACGAUGCGAUCUCGUUUGCGAUCGAGGCGGUCGUCCGUAUCGUUGUAUGGCUACGAAACACAAAACAACAACAAAGAAAACUGAUUGCCCAUGGAAGGCCAAAGCCGUUCAUCGAAAGACUAUGGGUGGAUGGGUUUUGACGAUUACCUGCAAUCAGCACAACCACGAGCCAGGCACACCCGAACCACCAACACCCGAACCCGCAAGCGAAGACGAGACCAAUAUCGCUGACGAACUGGAUGGCGAGCAAAGUUUGGACGCGGUUGGCACGCCACUUCUGACACCUUGGGCAGAUGAUGGUCCUCAACCUGAUGCAGAGACUCAAGCCGCAAUCCAGGUAGCAGGUGUUUCAAACGCAGUUCUCCGCUUGACCGGCGAUACCUUUCAUCAAUUCAAGAGCGAAUACCGUAAAAUGUCGCAUUCUGACAGGAUUGGAAUUCUAUCACAACUUCAACUCCGUGUCGCCGCCAUCUACGCUGUGCAGAAUGAGGAUUUGCAGAGGCAAAAACGUCAAGAAGCUCAAGACAAGCGACACCGGCAGAUUGAAGAAACCAAGAGGCAAAGCUCAGCACAGAAGCAACGGGCUAGACAGCGUCGUCAGCAGGCUGUUGGGCAGAAUCAGCAGCAGCAGCAGCAGCAGCAGCAGCAAUUGCAUGUUCAACACAUUCAACAACAACCACUGCCGCAGCAGACUUCUCAGGCUCAAGCCCAGGCUCAGGCACAAGCUCAGGCUCAGGCUCAGGCACAGGCUCAAGUCUUGAUGCAGACACAGAUGUAUCUUCCACAAAAUCCCCAACAAACACCAAUCCCUGUGCCAACUAUGGAUAUGCCACAAUUUCAACACUAUGCCGGACCUCCCAAGAGGAUGCGCGGACGAACAUCACAGGGAGGGCAGAAUUAG